CAAAGUUUCCUAGUAGCGUCUGUAGGAUUGCUAAUUUUAAAUUCAAAUUUUUGAUUUGUUGUCGCUUUUAAAUUAUUACGAUGAAACCAGUGUGCCAUUUUUGAUAUAACACACUUAAUAAUUAACAAAUCAAUCAGGAAAACGUUACCUUAUUUGAUUUGUCAGUUUUGACAGAUAAGAUAAAUGAAGCAGACGGUACCUAUAGGUUAAUGAAAGAUACUUUAACUCGUACGAUACAACGUGAAUCCUUAAUCAUAAGCGCACUUCCGUUUUGUGAGUGAACGAUAUUAAUUUUUACUUUUUCGCUACUUCAGAAAAGAUGGGCGAGCCUUCUGGAUUAACCAACAGCGAAGCUCGUGAGCUUUGUAAGGAAGCAGAUCCAGUAACAAAUAAUUAUAUUAUGCAACAAACAAUGUAUCGUAUUAAAGAUCCAAGAAAAUCAUUACCUUUCUAUACAGAAGUUCUUGGAAUGCACUUGUUACAAAAACUUGACUUCCCUGAAAUGAAAUUUUCUAUUUAUUUUCUUGGUUAUGAAAAUCCGAAGGAUAUACCAACAGACAGAAGAGAAAGCAUUGAAUGGACCUUUUCUAGAAAAGCUACUAUAGAAUUGACCCACAACUGGGGUACAGAAACUGAUCCAGAUGCAAAAUAUCAUAAUGGGAAUUCUGAUCCUAGAGGAUAUGGUCACAUUGGAAUUGCUGUUGAUAAUGUAGAACAAGCAUGUGAAAGAUUUGAAAAGUUUAAUGUUGAAUUUACAAAAAGACCUAACGAUGGUAAAAUGAAGGGCAUUGCUUUUAUCAAAGAUCCAGAUGGUUAUUUGAUUGAAAUUUUAAGUCCAUCUACUAUUGCAAACAUUGUUCUUAACCAUUAAGAUAUUUUAAAUUUUUUCGUACAAAUGAUCAAUAUACAAUGAUCAUAUACAAUGAUCAAUAUACACGAGUUAAACAAGCAAUGCAUAAUUGAAACAAAAAACUGAAUAAACAUACCAAACUCGCUGAAUAAACUAACAAAUUUUAAUUUUAUGUAUGACACACAAACAUAUAUAUAUAGCAAUUGUACAUUCUAUUCCUAGAUCAUGUAAUAUGUACAGUAGUAUGUGUAUCUGUAAAGCAAAUAAAAUCAAAAUAUUUAUUUUUCA